AAAAUGUUACAGUUUUGUUUUGAAAAUGGCCAAGAGGGCUUUAUUUUGUGUUACCCUGUUGCUGUUGGCUGAGCAGCUAGUGACGUUUCGAUUUGAAGUAGAGCUGAUAAAGCAGCUCAGUCGAAAGGACAAGUCCGCCAACUGCCUGGUGUCCCCCUUCCAGGUGGUCCAGUCCCUGUCCUUUUUGUAUCUGGGAAAGGAGGGCCGAAAGGACUACACUCUGGCCAAGGCACUUCAAAUUGUAGGACGCGGCCAUGACAAGAUCACAUCCUACUUCAGGGAAACCCAGAAAGAAGCUCUCGGUCAAAAUUUUGUGAUGGCCAAUCGAGUUUAUUUCUCAUCAGAUUUUAAGAUACCGGACCAUAUGAAGAGUGUAAGUGGCAAUAUCAGCGUAGAAGUAGAAAAUAUGAAUUUUUCAGACACCAAGAAAGCUAGUACUGACAUCAAAAAGUGGCUUUCGAAAAUGGCAAACAAAAGCAGCAAGCUCUUUGGCAAAGAUCAUUUCAAUAACGUCACACAAAUAGUUGCCGUGCAGGGAUUAGCAGUGACUAGUAUGUGGAAACAUCGUUUCCUGUCGCAGUCCAAGAGGUCCUUCCUCAUCGACAGGCGCGAGAUGAAGCCGCUCCAGCAAAAAGUUACAAUGAUGUACACUUUGGCCAAUUUUGAGUCAUUCAAUAAUGACGAAGCCCAAGGUAUAUUUAUUCCAUUUUCUAACUCCGAUAUUGGUAUGAUGGUACUGAUUCCCAAAUCACAUAUCACACCCUUAAAUGUGAUGCAACAAUUGGAUAAAUAUCUUUUGAUGAAAAUGAGAAAGGCACAGGAAACGCACUUGUUUCUUCCCAUGUUCAACAUCCAGGAAACUAUGGAUCUUAAUGGGGUUCUGGAGGCUAUGGGAAUUAAGAAUCUUUUUAGUUCUUUAAAUAAUCCUGAUGCUGCUAAAAAUAGUGGUGAAGUUACAAAAGAUUCUAUUGCGAUGCAUUUUGAACAAUUGAGCUUAUUAGUUGUGAAACCAAAUCGUUUAUUAUUGGAAUCUGAAUAUGCAAGCGAUGGCGACCAGAAAACCUUCGAGGUCAACCGACCAUUUGUGUUCCUUAUCAAGGAUCAGAAAACGAUUUACAUGGCUGGGCGUGUGGACUCCAUCGACGACCUGAAACGGGGUUAGUUGCAGAAAUGUUUGUCGUUUAAAUGUCGGUGGAAUUGUAAAUUAAAUUAGCUUGAAUUAAGGCAAACGUAAAGCGCUAAGCACAGAAAUAA